AUGUUCGUCACUCACGUUUCUCACCGUAGCGGCGGAGACCACACUGGCGGCGUCAGUCACGUUUCUCAACAUAGCUUAAAUCAGACCAGCACACCUUCUGGCUUUCACCACGCCUCUGGUGAGAACCGUCUGACGAGCAGAGACGGUAAAGUCAUUCUCGCUCCAUCCGAUCCAUAUGAUCAAGCCCAUAUGAGCAAGGCUUUGGUGGAGCCGGUUAUCGAUGUCUAG